GUGCGGUUGUAUUAUAUUCAUGUUUAUUAUUGUAAAAGUAUUUUGUUUAUUAUCUUUGAGUCACUUUAAAACAUGGAGGCUGCUCAUCACCUCUAAACAAAGGGAUCUCAUUAUCAAAAUAAAAGCAUCACCUUUAAAGCAUCCAAUGGCCGAAACAUAUUUAUAUCACAAUACAUUAAUUAAUGUAAAACUCUUUCUCAACACUGUCUGUGACCUCCACUCAGGGAACCUCAAAGAAAAACAAUGUAAUAUUUAAAAGCAUAUUACAGAGAUGUGUUGUUGUUGUUGCUGUUGUUGUUUUAUUCUCAAAGUCUCCGGUCCACCUAAAGUCGAUAACAUCAGUCCUGUGGAGGUCUUGAAUCCUUUGAAAAUGAUUUUUAAUUUAAAAAAAGGAACCAUGUGACUCUCCUUCACUGCGUCCCUUUGAGGGCUUUUAUUUUGAAGGCCUGCUCGAGGAGGAGCUCACACAGAGCAUCUCCCUCAUUCAAGAGCUCUGCGUGUCGUGGUGGUCGGCGGCCGCUCUGAUAAUCACAACUAUUGAUCAAUCUUCUGGGAUUUAAAUGAGUGAUCGUCAAAUGGUUUCCUCAGAUUUUACAGCCGAUGAGAAAAUGGAGAUCGAGAAGAUCAAAACAUACAAAGAAGAACUUCUGGAGGACAUCCAGAAGUUGAAGUUGGAGAUCGACUCGAUCAUGAAGGACGUGCUGAGCUUUGAGUCUACAGAGGACAUCAACAACAAAACAACAGAGAAGAGCAAACAGUUCAAUAACGGGAAGAAGAAAUUCAACAUGGAGCCCAAGAAGGGCGUCAGCUACCUGGUGGAGAUGAAGCUGCUGGAGGGAAACGCUCCGUCCAUCGCUGAGUUCCUCUACAAGGAGGAGGGACUCAACAAGACCGCCAUCGGAGAGUUCCUAGGAGAAAGGGAGGAGCUCCACCUCCAGACCCUGAAGGCCUUUGUGGAGCUGCACGAGUUCUCCGACCUCAACCUGGUCCAGGCCCUCAGACAGUUCCUGUGGAGUUUCCGUCUGCCCGGUGAAGCCCAGAAGAUCGACCGCAUGAUGGAGGCGUUCGCCACGCGCUACUGCGACUGCAACGCCGCCGUGUUCCAGUCCCCCGACACCUGCUACAUCCUGUCCUUUGCCAUCAUCAUGCUGAACACCAGCCUCCACAACCCCAGCGUGAAGGACAAGACGCCGCUGGAGCGCUUCUACAGCAUGAACCGCGGCAUCAACAACGGAGAGGACCUCCCCCCCGAGCUGCUGGCGAAACUGUACGAGAGCAUUCGCAACGAGCCUUUCAAAAUCCCGGAGGACGACGGGAACGACCUGACGCACACCUUCUUCAACCCGGACCGAGAGGGCUGGCUCCUGAAACUCGGCGGCCGGGUGAAGACGUGGAAGCGGCGCUGGUUCAUCCUGACUGACAACUGCCUCUACUACUUUGAGUUCACCACCGACAAAGAGCCCCGGGGCAUCAUCCCUCUGGAGAACCUGUGCGUCCGAGAAGUUCCGUUUCCUCGCAAACCGUACUGCCUGGAGCUGUACAACCCCAACAGUCGAGGGCAGAAGAUCAAGGCGUGUAAGACGGAGACGGACGGCCGGGUGGUGGAGGGGAAGCACCAGUCCUACGCCAUCUGUGCCGGCGGCGCCGAGGAGAGAGACUCCUGGAUCGAGGCCAUCAGGGCGAGUAUCACCAAGGACCCGUUCUACGACUUGGUGUCGGUCCGGAAGAAGAAGGUGAUAAACCAAGCUCCUCAGGACUGAGCGUUCAUGCGCCCCCUAUGGACAUUUAGAGUACUGCGCCACAAUGGCGCUCAAGUUGUAUUAAACCCCCGGCGAGGACUCUGGAGGCCGGACACCGGCGUCGGGCUAAAAGAGAGACUUCUCUUUCCACUUCUUUUUUACAGGCAGAGCUCAACGGGGUCAAAGGUCAAAACGUUGACUCAUUUUUGCCGCUUAAUCUUUCGGUCGCAAGAAUUUGUCGAUGUGCGCCUUCUGCAACGAGAAGUAGAUAUUUCGGUCGACGCCCGUCUGCGAGAUUUAGUUUCCAAGACCAUGAAGACCGAGCGAGCUGUUGAUGUUUCGGCAGCUCAGAAACAGGAAGUCGGUUGUGAACUUCCUCUCCGAGCUCACGAGAAGAAAGAGAACGCUGCUCGUGCUUCACUUUGUAAAUACGGAUAUAUUUCAUCACGUUGAACCUCUCUCUUGAUGUCAUGGCAUGUGUGCACUGGAAUAUACAAAUAUGUUUUUGCUUGA